UCUGCACUUUGUUCCUCCCCUGGCACAGCUCUCUCUGCAUUCCUUCCAUCUCCCAGCAGUCUCCAUUUCUACCUCCGUGUGUUUAAAAACCGGUGUGGGAAGUGUGUACCCCUGUGCAUCAGACUGCGAACCAUGUUUUUCCUGACUCCCAUCUUGGUAGCUAUUCUCUGCAUUUUGGUCGUGUGGAUCUUUAAAAAUGCUAAUAGAAGCAUGGAGAAAAAGAAGGGGGAGGCUACAGCCAGGGCUGAGGCUCGCCCCUGGGUGGAUGAAGACUUAAAAGACAGCACUGACCUGCACCAAGCAGAAGAAGAUGUUGAUGAAUGGCACGAAUCAGAAGAAAAUGUUGAACACAUCCCGUUUUCUCACACCCGCUAUUCUGAGAAGGAAAUGGCUAAGAGAUCUCAGGAAUUUUAUGAACUUCUCAAUAACAGACGGUCAGUCAGGUUCAUAAGUAAUGAGCAAGUCCCAAUGGAAGUCAUUGAUAAUGUCAUCAGAACGGCAGGAACAGCCCCGAGUGGGGCCCACACAGAGCCUUGGACCUUCGUGGUUGUGAAGGACCCAGACAUGAAGCACAAGAUUCGAAAGAUCAUCGAGGAGGAAGAGGAGAUCAACUACAUGAAAAGAAUGGGGCAUCGCUGGGUCUCAGACCUCAAGAAACUGAGAACCAAUUGGAUUAAAGAGUACUUGGAUACUGCCCCUGUUUUGAUUCUCAUUUUCAAACAAGUACAUGGUUUUGCUGCAAAUGGCAAGAAAAAAGUCCACUACUACAAUGAGAUCAGUGUUUCCAUCGCUUGUGGCAUCCUGCUAGCUGCCCUGCAGAAUGCAGGUCUGGUGACUGUCACUACCACUCCUCUCAACUGUGGCCCUCGACUGAGGGUGCUCCUGGGCCGCCCCGCACAUGAAAAGCUGCUGAUGCUGCUCCCCGUGGGGUACCCCAGCAAGGAGGCCACGGUGCCUGACCUCAAGCGCAAACCUCUGGACAAGAUCAUGGUGACGGUGUAGGCGGGGACCCCCAAGGGAGCGGUGGGGAGGCGAUGCCCCUGCUUCUCCCAGCGCCUGUCGCCUGCUCCUCUGGGGUUUCUUGGCUGCCCUUUCCCCAGGUGUCAGGUCUCCCCGCCCCUCCUCUUCUUGGGUGGCCACAGGGUGUCAAGAAGCCUCUCCACACUCUGUGGCACUUCAUGUCCCAUAAGUCCCGUUUCUUAUCCACUUUGGAAAUACAUGAACACUUUAUAAAAAACAUGGCCUAGUUUUUAAGUUUCAAAAGUUAUUCUAGAAAAUCACUAUUGGCUUUUUUCUUUUAUUUUUAAAAAACUCACCUAGAGGAGACAGUCAGAAAUUUAUCAUAGUCCUGAAAAUUCAGCUACAUGAUGACUCGGAUUUAAAUUUAGAUUAAUCAAAUGGUCUCUUGCUCUUGGAUUUCUGUUGGCUUUUAGACAAAGGUUUUUAUACUUCUGAGAUAUACUUUUUAAACUGAACUUCAGGGACAUCCUGCUAGUUUUGGAUACAUAACCAUUGAAGUAACUAAAAUGUGGCCAGGUGCAGUAGCGCAUGCCUGUAAUCCUUGCACUUUGGGAAGCUAAGGAGGGUAGAGUGCCUGAGCUCAAGGGUUUGAGACCAGCCUGGCCAACAUGGUGAAACCCCAUUCCUAUUAAAAAUACAAAAAAGAAAUAAAAAUAGCUGGGCACGGUGGCACGCGCUUGUAAUCCCAGCUACUCAGGAGGCUGAGGCAGGAGAAUCGCUUGAACCCGAGAGAUGGAGAUUGCAGUGAGCUGAUGCUGAGACAUGCUACUGCACUCCAGCCUGGGUGACAGAGUGAGAUUCUGUCUCAAAAAACAAAAAACAAAAACAAAGUUACUAAAAUGUCACCUUCACAGGACAGGACAGGGCAUGCUUGGGUGGCAUGGUCCUCGCUGGCAUGUAAACCGUCCAUUGCACUGCCUAGUGGUGUGAUAGAUCUGACUUGCAGCAAUUCAUAGAAGCUGCUAAAUACUCAAGAAUCUUGCAAGCCAAUUAUUAAACAUUCAUAGCUUGUAAUUGCCCAUGGUGGGAGAAUUUACACCACAACCACUACAAAUCAGGGCUUGCUCGCUUUUUCUUAAAAAGAGCUGUUUGCCAUGCAUAGAUAGCACCCAUAGUAUCUCCCUUCUCUUCUACCCCACCCCAUGAAACACACUGACCCCUCUUUUCCACAUGAUAGCACAGCUGUUUGGGACUGAUGGGGUCACAGGUGCGAGGUUGGGAAUGCCAGAUGUGGACUCACCCAUCACCUUCUGCCGCCCUCCUAGGGGUGUUGCAUUUAAAGGCAAACUCUUACACAGCUUGGAUUUUUUAUCAAGCAACUCUAUUGACCUCUUUAUCUCCUUCCACCGUGCCUUUCUUCUUGUUUCUUCUCAUUGUCCUCAUUUUUCUUGAGAAAACCCUCUCUAUAAAAAAUUUCCAUAGAUAACGUGGCUUACAAACAACAGAAAUUUCUUUCUCACAGUUCUGGAGGCUGGAAGUCCAAGGUCAGGGUGCCCACAUGGUCAGGGGCUGGUGACGACCCUGACCCGGGUUGCAGACUGCUGACUUCUCAUUGUGUCCUCAUGUAGUGGAAAGAGGCAUUCCUUUUAUAAGGGUACUAAUCCCAUCAUGAGGCCCCACCCUCAUGAACUUAUCAUCUCCCAAAGGCUCCUCUCCUAAUACCGUCACAUUGGGGGUUAGAGUUUCAACGUAUGAAUUGUGGGCACACAAACAUUCCAUCCAUGGCACUUACUUUUUAGAGUUUGGCAUGCUGCUUGGUACACGGUUAACAUUCAUAAAUGGUGGGUGCCUUUACUGUGGUAGACACCAUUGUCAUUGCAAGGCAGCUCUGCUUGGGAUUCAGGAGAGCAAAGGUAACAAGGGUGGGUGCGGGACUCCCUCCUCUUUAGAGAAGCCUGUCUGUGGAUCAGGGGCAGCUGCAGGGCCAGAUGGAGCUGAACUGCAGAAAGUCAGCCUUACCCCAUCAGAGACCAACCUGAAAUAAUUUUUUCUCCAUGUAAUUGAUGCUAUCCAUCUGAUAUGCAGACAGGUUAUUUAGUUCCGAAGCACUGGAGUUGUUGAUUGCCACUGCCCUGUGGUUCUCACUCUUUGCAGGCACUUUAAAAAUCUUUAUUUAAAAAACUACAGAGGAAAGACCUGGGCAUUACCUUAACCAAGUGAUAAAGUUCUAACACACCAUUAAUGGUAGGAUAACUGACAUUAGGUGCCCCUGUUGGAUGCGUUAUGAAAUAUUCCUUCCAAAGAUGUCAAUGGAAACUAAUCAAGUCUUACACCUAACUUUCAGUUUACAGUAAAUACAGAGGAUAAGGAAGUUAAUGGCAUGGUAGAAUCACUAAAAUGUGCAUCAUUCUACAAGAAAUAGGCCUGGAUUCUUUAAGAAGUAAGUGUCAUUGGGGAAAGAAUAAGAGGGGGACUGUCCUGUCCUUGCUACUCGAAGGGUGGUCCUAGGCCCAUAGCAUCAUUGGCAUCACCUGGGCACUUAUUAGAAUCAAAGACCCUCAGCCCUCACUCAGACAUCCAGAAUCAAAAUCUGCAUUUUAAUAAGAUCCCCAGGUGACCUGCAUGCCUGCUAAAGUCUGAGCCUGUUCCAGAUAACCAGAGACCCAACAACCAAAGGCAAAGUGUAAGCCUUGACUGGAUUUUGGCUUAGGAAAAAAUCUCAUGGGCAUAAACGACAAGUGGGAAUGUUGAAUGUGGAUCUGGUGGUGGGUGAUAUUGUAGUGAUGUGAGUGGUGCAUGCUGACGUACUGAGAGAUGAAGCAUCAUAUUGACAACUUCAGGAAAAAAGAAGGUGCGUGCGUAUGUGUGUGUUCAGAGAGCGUGAGAGAGAACUGACAUGGUAAAAUAUUAGGUGGAGCAUAUACAGUUCUCAUUAUACUCUUAUCUAAAGUUUAUGUUUGAACACAGUCAAAUCUGAAUGGAAAUACACGUAAAUAAGCAUUUCUUUGAGUCAUAUAAAUAAUUUGCCUAAAAAUGCCCUCUAAGUACAUCGUUAGGCUAAGCGAUUUACUGAAGACAGCAGAUAUUAUGCUUAUUUCAUUGGAUUGCCUUGGAAUGUCACCCAGUUGGAUAGUUAGAAGCUUGAAAAUGAGAAACAGAGGAGAAAUAAGGCGAGAGGCUCAUAUUGCUUGCGGAGAACUGACUGGGUAAUCAAGAAGAGGAAGAAAGCCCUUGGAAGGAACGUAAAAUCCAUUUCAGCCUGCCUGCCCCAUGGAAUGGAGGGUCUUCUGCGACCAGAAACACCAGCCACUUCUUCUGCCCCAAGCACACCCCACACUAAUUUCUGCUGCAGCAUCAUGAUCAGGGCAAAUCAGCACAGUCCCCCAGCCGUCAGUGGUGUCUGAAAAGUAAAGACAAUUUUCUUCCUUCUCUCUGCAGCCCCAAGCUCUUAUUAACCUUCUUUUAUGUGUUCAUUAAAUGUAGUCAUGUGACAACUGUGUUCAAAGUUAGAAAUAGUGGUCUGGGAGGCUUAUAGAUCCUCUUGCUGUUUUGAGGCCUUAAAACAGAAAAAAUAACGGAAUGAUUGCAUAAUUGUGAGGAAGAAUGCUUAAGUAAGAAACUUAAAAAUGGUUUGUCUUACUGAUAGGACUCACCUAAAGACUCUACUUUGUCAAUAGGGAAUACUGAAUUGAAAGCUGUGUUAGCCAGCACAGGGUAGAGCCAUGGUCCUCAUACUUGCCGGCAUUACUAUCUGGGAGUCUGUUAAAGCACAGAUUGCUGGGCCACACCCUCAGGGUGUGUGAUUCAGUAGGGCUGGGUGGUGCCCAAAUGCUCCAUUUCUAAAAUAUGCCCAAGUGUUGCUGAUACUGGUGAUUGGGUACCACAUUUUGAGAACCACAGGGCACUGGCAAUCACCAAAUGCAAUGCUUUUAUGACUUGACAUGAUAGAAGUUCAUUUCUUGGGCAGGCAAAGUCCCCUGCGAGCCUGGAAACCCUCCAAGACAAUUGCUUGCAUGGGGUAACCCAGUAAUCCUGUGGGAUGCACCCUCCAAGGGCAUGGCUAGAGAAAACACUGGAAGAGCUCACCCCAACAAUUCCAUCCUACCUUGGCCCAGGAGUGACCGCCUCACUCUCACAGACCAUUGGCUAGAACUAGUCAUGUGACCUCACAGGAGGUGGAGCAAUGUCAUCAAUGCUAUCAUCCCCCUGCACCUGCAAGGAAGGGGGCCCAGAUGUGCACAGGUGCUGGAUGUCUCUUCUCCAAAAUACAUAACUGAAUUUGGAAAAUAAAACUGGAUAUAACAACAAAGAAAAGGAGGGGAGAAGGAAAAUUGAAGAAAAUGGUGAAAUCAGAAUAGGACAGUGAAAGGCAUAAAUAUUUUCUUCUGGAAUACUAAGAUUGGUUGAUAUUUGUCUGACACAGCUCAGCAUCGCUUUGGGUCAAAGAAAAUCAAUACAAAUAUACAUAAAGCAGAACUAAGAUUGACUUCUUCCUAGACAUUCCUGCCUCUGUCCACAAAACGGAAACUUCCAUCCAGAAGUACAGGAGAGUCCAGCAUUUCUUCUUAUUUGCUUCUCCCUGUGAAAGGAAGGGUGACUUCUCUGAUGCAUUAAAUUGGUGGUAAAUAGUUAUUGCUCAUGCUCAAACCCCAACAAAGUGCACCCCAUUUUAAGACAAAUUUACAGACUGGGGAUGAUUCACCUUGCAAAGAUGAUCCACCAAUUGGUUUCUCUAUUUACUUUAUUCUUGCUCUGUCACCCAGGCUAGAAUGCAUUGGUGUGACUGUGGCUUACUGCAGCCUCCAACUUCUGGACUCAAGUGAUCCUCUUGCCUCAGCCUCCCAGGCAGCUGGCACUACAAGUGCAUGCCACCACCUCCAGGCUAGUUUUUCUAAAUAUUGGAGUUCUCAAAGAGUAUUCAAACUGAUGUGAUAUUUUAAAAGACAUUUUGUAAGGAUCUUUUAGGACUAUCCAUAACUGGAAGAAAAGCACAUAGUUAUCAGUGGAUAUUGCGCCUGAGAGGCAUGAGAAAUAUAAUUGUUAUUUUGCUAGGCAUCAGCAGAGUGCUCUCUUAUAAUAUGUGUGAAACGGAAACAAUAGUAACACGAUGCUUUCAAUUAACUCAUAGAUACAAGUAAUGAGAGGUCCAGAAGAAAAGUUGCUCCAGCUCUGCUGCUACUGUGACUCCCCUCUCCUGCCCCCACCCACAUCACAAAAAAGGCUGGAGACUCAAAAAAGGCUGCGUUUUUCUACCUUUUAGAAAUGGUGAAUAGCAGAGAACUGGAGGUGGGAAAGGUAAGGAAGUGGAGGCAAUGGGCCGAUGCAUCUAAGGCUGAUGCCAGGUCCGCUCCCUAUCUGGGUGGCCUCAGCUAAUGACGUCCAGGACAUCCAGGGGCAGGCACAAGGGAGAACAGCCCCUGAAGCUGAGAUCCUGCCAAGCUAAAUACAGUAGUUCUAAUGAAACGUGAGAGGCUAUAAUCUUAUUUGGGAAAUUCCUAAAAAGUCACGAGACAGAGGAAUGGUUUAUGUUAUUAUCAUGACCUGAGAGUCAUGGCUCAGAGCCAAAUGUUCAGGAUUAAAUUCAACAGCACAUAAAUGUCUUUAGAGUGAGAUGGAAAUAUGUUAGCAAUGCUUGCAGAGUGCCAAGUAAAUGCAGAAGCCAAUGAGAUCAUAAAGGAAGUUGUUAGCUAACCUAGGUGGAGUCUCCAACGUCCUUCUGCUCUAAUAAUUAAAAAUAAAAAUAGCAAUUAAGAGGGAAUUGGAAUAAAGGUUCUAAAAUCAAACCCCUCUGAAGGGUGAAGACUGGGAGCCUCCUGUUGCCAUAGUAAUGCCAGCAUUCAGGGCACUAUCUUCCAGCGAUUGAGUAUUGUCUUCUGAUCUGAGCUCCUAAGCAACCUCUGCUCAUCUGAGACGUCCACCAUAUUGUGGGCAUGAAUCCUUGACAAUAGUAAAUAGUAAAUCAGUUCCCUUGUUGGAUAAAUAACUUAAGUCUGGGAAUGUGUAGAAUUAAUUACAAAAAUGAUGCAAUAAUUCAAAUCCAUAAUAUUGAUACUUUCAUGUUAAGUUUAGGAAUAAUUUUGUGUAUUUUCCUUAAGUGAUUUGAAUCUUUAAAAAGAUUACAUGAUUCCAAUCUGAAAUGUGAAAUUUAUUUUAAGUUUGUCAUUUGAAGUUGAAAGGUAUAAGAAUAUUUAACUUAGCUCAUUAGUGGUAUUAGACUAGAUUUACUGUGUUUAUAAGUUAAAUGUAUUAGAUUUACAAGGGAUGCUCAAAUAUAGGAGAAUGUUUUGUCUUAAUCUGGUAUAAUCUUGCCAUAUCAAUGAUUUGAAGUGCUAAAAUAGAAAAUCAAAUGUGAUAAAUUAUACAAGCAUGUUUAGAAUGUUUAAGAGAUUUUAAUAAACAAAGCCUGUAACUGAGA